UCCAUUUUGCAAAUUCUCUAGGACCCGGAUGAAUUUAUUUUUUGUCUAUUCAAUUCUAUCGCAAUAGGAACAGGACUUGAGUCAGUCUUUUUUGAUACAGCUGCUGUACUUAGCCACUUUUAAAGAUGAAUUAAAAGCCGAUUUUGGUGCACUAAAGUUUGCAUUUGAGUAGUCAUUGAAUAAAUGUGGUCCUAUUUAUACUAUGAAAUUAAAGAUAUUUUCUAUUGUACCAAACAUUUUCAAUUGUAAGAAAAUUGUAACUUAUCUGUAACAAUUUUGUCUAAAUUAAGAACAAAUAGCCUGGUGCAUCAAAUAAUUGUUGAAUUGAAGUUGAGGGCUGCACAAAAUCAAUCCAGGGGCCAGAAAUGGCCCCCGGCCCCACGUUGACCACCACUGCUGUAGAAACUAGAACUUUGCACUCUCACACAUCUGUUCCACAAGGUGCAGCAGAGAGAUCUGAAGGAGAAUCCUCCCACAUUAUACAGAGGCGGGGCAGGGCACAGCUUUACUGUACAGACAUGUUUGUGCAGACUGAGUUGUAGAGUUUUCCCCAGGAAAAGCCUCCCAACGCGUCUGUAAAGUUCCCUCUGCGAUGGCGUCAGAUCCCCCGGUUCUCCUGGCUGCAGUGACCCUUCUGUCUGCCUUUCAUAUGGCGUUCCUGGCCCGCAGAGUUGGAUGGUCCAGAAUGGCCCACAAAAUCCUCCCUCCUGUCGUCUCUGGCCCUCCGGAGUUCGAACGGACCUUUCGUGCUCACCAGAACUGUGUGGAGUUCUACCCGCUGUUCCUGGUCACGCUGUGGACCUGUGGGACGUUCUCCAGCGAGGUGGUAGCCGCGGCAACAGGGCUGCUCUACAUGCUGGCCAGGGAGCUCUACUUCAACGGCUACAUCCGGUCCACCAAGAAAAGGUUACCCGGCUUUUUUCUGACCCUGGCUGCACUUCUCCUCCUGUCUGUUCUGGCCGUGGCUGGGAUAGCGCGUGGAAUACUGGACAAGUACCUUUACACCCAUAUGUGAAGAUUCACCUCCGUUUAAUCCGAAGGCCAAGAGGAUUGCAAAUGUUGCUCUCAUGCACAGGCCAAGCUCCUGCUGUCCGAGUGAUUAAAACAAGGCCACAGGCUGUUUUGGUUCAUUUCAAUGGUCAGCUGGAAUUCAAACAUGCCUCAGAAUUUGUCCAUAAGUGGGUUUUGAUCUGUUUCUGCUGCUGCUGGGUUAGGAAUGCAGCCGUUUCAGCAUCUGGACAAAGCAAUAAAGAAACAAACGGCUUUGCUGUUUGACAGAGUCAAACUGAAGGAUCGGGAUUCAGUUCAACUUUGUCAGAAUCAAUAAAUGUUCUCUCCCCUCCAAAUGAG